GUAACCGUAGAACAGAGCACUUUAGCACCGUACAGGUAACACUGCGCGGUUACCACGCUACCAGCCUCCGCCUCCCCAAUUCCAACGUCCCGUCCCGUGCUUCCCGAUUCCAAACCCCGAUUGAUCCUCAAGGCCUCUCGUUGCCUCCGCCGCUGCAUCGCCUCUCGUUGCCUCCGCCGCUUACACUUCCUCCUGCGCUGCCCGCCUCCGCUCCUGCUGUUGUGCCGGUUGUUAUUGUUGACGAAUUAGCUAGCUAGGGUUUGUGAUUUCGCGCCGAUCGGUUGGGGAGUUCGGGUGGAAGGCAUGGAUCUCUCGCGGCCCGAAUCCUCGGACCUGUCGCUCGGCCUCCACUCUCACGGUUUCUCGCACGCCCACGCCCGCGUGCACGCGGUCGCCGCGCCUCUGCCGCUGUUCGAUGAGACGUCCUCCUGCUCGUCCUCGUCCGCAGCGCUCCGCCCCGCGAAGCGGCAGGCGACGGGUGAGUUCGGCGGCGCGGAUCUGGAGGCCCGCCGCGCCGCGGUCCGCUCCUGGGGCAAUCAGUCGCUGGCGGAGGCCGACGCGGACGUGCACGCGCUGAUGGAGCGCGAGCUGGACCGCCAGGUGCGGGGUAUCGAGCUCAUAGCGUCGGAGAAUUUCGUCUGCCGCGCGGUGCUCGACGCGCUCGGCAGCCACCUCACCAAUAAGUACUCCGAGGGGCUCCCGGGUGCUCGCUACUACGGCGGGAACCAGCACAUCGACGCCAUCGAGCGGCUCUGCCACGAGCGCGCCCUCGCUGCCUUCGGUCUCGACCCCGCCCGCUGGGGCGUCAACGUCCAGCCGUACUCCUGCACAUCCGCCAAUUUUGCUGUCUACACAGGGCUCCUUCAACCCAAAGACCGCAUCAUGGGGCUGGAGCCGCCGUCCGGUGGUCAUGUUAGCCACGGGUACUAUACGCCGAGUGGUAAGAAGGUGUCAGGCGCCUCUAUUUUCUUCGAGAGCUUGUCAUACAAGGUGAAUCCACAGACUGGGUAUAUUGAUUAUGACAAGCUUGAGGAGCGCGCGAUGGAUUUCCACCCCAAAAUUCUCAUCUGUGGUGGAAGCUCGUACCCCAGGGAGUGGGACUUCGUUCGAAUGAGGUUGAUUGCUGAUAAAUGCGGUGCAGUGCUUAUGUGCGACAUGGCACAUAUCAGUGGGCUUGUCGCAGCAAAGGAAUGUCGUAGUCCCUUCUACAACUGUGAUGUUGUUACGUCAACUACUCAUAAGAAUCUAAGGGGUCCUAGAGGUGGUAUAAUAUUUUUCAGGAAAGGGAAAAAUUUAAGGAGACGAGCUGGAUCUCUCUCUCAAGGGGAUGAAAAUGAUUACGACUUUGAGGAUAGGAUAAAUUUUGCUGUUUUCCCUUCAAUGCAAGGAGGGCCCCAUAAUAAUCAUAUUGCUGCCUUGGCAAUAACUCUGAAGCAGGUAGCAACUCCUGAAUAUAAAGCGUACAUUCAACAAGUCAAGAAAAAUGCUCAGGCUUUGGCAUCAGCCUUGCUCAGAAGAAAAUGCAGAUUGGUUACUGGUGGCACAGAUAAUCACUUGGUACUUUGGGACCUCAGAACUCUUGGCUUGACAGGCAAGAUCUUCGAAAAGGUCUGUGAGGCAUGCCACAUAUCUAUCAACAAAAUACCAAUUUACGGAGAUAAUGGCUCAAUAUCCCCUGGGGGUGUCCGGAUUGGAACACCUGCAAUGACUACCAGAGGUUGCUUGGAGGAUGACUUUGAGGUGAUCGCAGACUUCCUCAUCAGGGCGACACAGAUUGCUAGCAAUGCUCUGAAAGAACAUGGGAAGCUGCAAAAGGAAUUCCGAAGAGGCCUACAGAACAAUAAGGAUAUUAUAGAACUCGGUAAUCAGGUUGAGGCAUUUGCAUCACAGUUUGCGAUGCCAGGUUUUGAUGCUUGAAUGUGCAUAUAUAUCAUAGUUGGGAUUGUCCAAAUUUAUCAGCAACAUUGCCCUGCUGAUUAGACAACACUAUGGACUAUAUCUUUCAACUGCAGAAGAUUAGGAGAGAAUUUUUUUUUUAUUUGGUAAUUGGUCUUGGGACUUUAUUCAAGCAAAUAUGUACAGUUUACUGCCCAAGUUGCGAAUUAUGCAUGGAGUGAACCUUGGUAUGACGAAUUAUUAUAGGAGAUAUUUUCUUCUUGUCA